AUGAGAAAUUCCUCAAAAUUUAUACCGAUAAGACCUUACAAAUCCCUUAAUAUUGAUGAGACAACAACAUCUACCGAAUUGGAUAAAUUAAUCAUUGAAAUUAAAGAAAUAAACACAUCUACAAUAAUUCUCUAUGAUGCAUGGUCAUCCAGUGAACAUAUACUUCAAACAGAGCUCAUAAAACAAUCAUUUUCAAUCAAAACUAUAAUUCAAUCGUCUCUUGAAUGUUAUGUUAUACAUCCAAAAAUCAAAGAAUUACUGGUAAUUAUCUUUCAAUCAUCGGCUACAAUUCAAAUAUCGAAUAAGUCCAAUAAAGAUUUAUUAUACAAUCGAGUUUAUCAUGCCUCUACUAAUUGUGAUUUAAAGAAAACUCAUUUCAUUAAUAUACAAGAAUCUUACAAAACUUGCUAUAAUACAACAUUUAGCCAUAAUGAGAAUUGUGCUCAGACCUUUGAUUUUGAUGAUAUGGAUGGCCCAUUAUGCACAUGUUCACAUCGACCACUAAAACGUUGA